AUCAAAAUGGCUGCGUGCAGGAGUUUACGGGCUGCUUCGAGGUUGCCGUUUCGGUCGCUGUUUUCGCCCAAACAGACAGUUUACAUUCGCCACACAGGUGGGCAGCUGCCUGGUACUGGGUGUGAGGCCUCAUUGCCCAGAGUGAGGUGGUGCUCGACAGCAAACGGCAGUCAGCAAACCUUUGAUCAAACAGCCAACAACCAUGGCAAAUUCCAAGGAGCUCCGGAACCAACCUCCGAAGGGGAGCGGCAGGAGGAGUCCGAGGCAUCGGUCAAGCGCUGCAUCCUGGAGUCGGCACUGGACUUUGUCCCCGCCUUUGGCUGGUCCACAGAGGCCCUGGCCGAGGGGGCCAGGGCCCAAGGGCUGGCUGGCGUGGCACAUGGGAUGUUCCCCCGGGGCGGCGGGGAGCUGGUGCACCACUUUGUCCGUGAGUGCAAUGCCCAGCUGGCCGAGAAGCUGGCCCGGGAGGUGCAGGAGGAGACGCAAGAAGAGGAGAAGGAAGGGGGAAGGAAGCGCAGGAGGACUAUCCCCUUCAUCCGGGAUGCCCUGGAGGCACGUCUGAGGAUGAUUAUUCCUUUUAUCGACCAGUGGCCCCAGGCGAUGGCCAUGAGUGCUCUCCCGGCCAACACCAAGGAACACUUCAGCAACUUGAUGCAGUUACUGGACGACAUAUGGUACCACGCCGGUGACAGAUCUUCCGACUUCAAUUGGUACACCAAGCGCAUCUCUCUGGCGGCCGUAUACAAGACUGCCGAACUCUGUCUGAUACAGGAUGAAUCCACCGACUACCAGGACACCUGGAUGUUCAUCAACAGAAGGUUGGAGGAAUUUGGGCAGAUGUACAAGAUGCGGUCUGACAUCGAACAAGCUGUGACUGGGGUCGCUUCAUUAAUGACUGCAGCUUUUACCGUUGGAAGGAACAUGGCCGGACUGAACAAUAGGAUUAGAUGAGGUCAUCUCUUUUGCAGGGCCAUGACCAAGAGUCCCUUGCAAACUUUGUUCAUUUGCCGAUGCACUGAAGAGAUGCAUUGUAGAUUGUUUUGAGAGCACUCAAUGCACCGUGGUGGGGGGAAUCAAUUUUACAAAACCUAGCAUAACUGCACGACAUUGCUAUCGCAACAUUUUGCUGUGCAACUUUGUACAACAAAAUUACAUUGGACAAUCUUUUCACAGUAGUUAUACUUCAAAGUCCACAACAUAUUUGGCUCACAGUCGCGUCAUUUUACGUGGCAUAACUUGUGGCUUGGGAGUUGUGUAAUAAUAAUAAUAAAUAAUAUAACUAGAAAGGAAAUUGGAAACGUCUUGAAGUCUGUCUUCUAGGGGGGGUUGACUCGGGGGCCAUGCCCCCUGCCAACAAAAUUGUAUUUUGUUUUUUUGAAAAAUGGUGAGAAAAAGGUCAACUUUGGGGAAACUUUUUGACUUCUCUUCACUCCAAAAGCAGGUAAAUAGCUCCAACAUAAAAUCUUAGACAACUUUCUCUUUUUUUUCUUUUUUUGGACCCCCCCAAAUUAAUGACCCUACAUCCACCCUUGCACUGCACAAAUCACCAGAUACAGUGAUGAAAUUCUGCAUUUGAAAGAGGAAUAGGAUGAAGGGAAUAUUAUAGAAUUUGGAAUCAAAUGAAUUGAACCGAGAAUUUUCUCUUGGAAAUCAGCAAAAAGAAGGUUGCAGAUGAUUACCGACAGUUUUUCAGCAGCGCACUGCAGUUUUUACAUUUGAGCGAAGCCUGGUUUCUUGUGGCAUGCCCAUUGGAACCUUUGCAUCCUUGUUAUUUUAGAAGUGGAUUUUCCGUCUUCGGUCUCAUGUCAGCCCAGCUGAGCACACAGAUCAGCCCAGUACAGAAAUAUUGUAUUGUAUUUUUACAGUUCAAAUAAUGAACGCACACAAUUUGUUUUCAGUAAGUUGUUUCUAAAAAAUUUUCAUGCGAUCUUCACUACAUCCGUGUUCACUUUGUGUUAUCUCUUCUGUUUUAUCCUUCGCCUCCUACAGGCUUCUAAAUUAUUUUUUGUGCCUUGUCAUCUGUACGAUGGAACUACAGAGCCAUAGUCUAGGGCCCAAGUGUGAAAGAUUUAGGUGUUUAGGCAUUGGUUCUGAAGUGGUUUCAAAGAUGGAUUUGCACUGGGGAGAUGUAAAUUAAUUUUGGAUUUUGAACAAGGAAGCUGUAUCUUUGCAACAGGUGGACUAGCUCUGCGGAAAUUGACUCAUAAAAAGAGAUUUGCGACCUCAAACCGUCUGCUUCACUUCUACCUUCACCACACAAACCUUGAAAACAUCUCUGUAUUAUUCCGAGCACAAUAGCACUGGGCACACGGGAAACCCACCACAGUGCUGGCCGUUGUUCAGAAGAGCCAUCAAGGGCCAAUUAGUUUGUAAAGUGGCCAUGCAGAGCUUUGUCAGGGUGAAACCGUGAUCAUAAAGAAGAUUGUCAGCGCAACAUUUAAAACGAGGAAGUUGUUGGUCCCCAGUCCUUGAAUUUUGCAUUCUCCAUUCCUGAUAACACAAAAUCCCUGUGACAGCAUGGUAAUUUGCAAAAGGCCCAAGGGCUUUGUUAGUAAAAAUGUGUUUGGCCAUAUCAGCGCGAUUCCUGAGUGUGCACUGAUCUUAGAUUAGCCAUUAAAUGUUGAGGCCGAGUAUUAGAACCGGAUUCCCCAAGCACUGAUUGAAGGUUUACUGGUUGAAACAAGUACUUGAGGGGAAAUUUGAAAUAGAACCGGGGUAAUGUUUUAUGCUGACACAGCUAUCCCAUUAGUUGUCUCCAGAGGUCGUAAGCGAUGAGUAUUUUGGGUAUUAAAGAUAGAAUGGGCUAGUUGAACCAUUUUUCA